UCAUAAUGUAAAAACCGUCUUUGAUAAACGUCUGUCAUUCAUCAGGUAUCACGACGGUGCUUACAAUGACGUUCCUGGGCCUGGAGGCGCGGACGGACCUGCCCAAAGUGCCAUACCCGACAGCCCUCGAUUUCUUCGUCUUCCUGUCCUUCGCCUUCAUUUUCGCGACUAUAAUUCAGUUCGCUGUCGUUCAUUACUUUACGAAGUAUGGUUCCGGCGAAUGCUACUUCAGUGCUGACUUCAGCUCCGAGUCCAGUUCCGACGAGGAAGGCUGGCAAGAAGGAAGCUGUGGUGUGUCA